CCGCUGCCUGUUCAGCCUGUUCCGCCUCCAGCCGCCGGUCGGCUCCGGCUCGAGUGGAAAAGCAGGAAGUGCUGAAAAAAAGAGAGAGAGAAAAAAAACAUGCAGAGCAGAACCAGGAAGUGUUUGUCAGUAAAGUGAAACUCAGGCAAAGCUGGCCAGAAGCAGAGAAAAUAGCAGCAUAGCAGGGAACAUAGCAGCAUAGCAGGGUAAAAGAGAUAGAGAGGGAGGAACAGAUAGAAGGAAAAGAGCAAAAGGAGAGAGAAAGAGAGAAAGGGAGAGGAGAAGGAGAAGACAUACGGAGCAUAUCUCACAAGCAGCCUGUGAACACACACAGCAGCAGACGGGGGUUUCUGUGGCAGUGGUGUCCUUGCGCGGUGCAUCAUGGUGGAACGUGGUGCAUGCUGGGAGGCAGAACAUCACAAGAUGGCGGAGGAGGAGGAGGAAGGCGACGAUGAGGAAGGCAAGGAACCAGAGAUGGACGGCACGUGCGACGCCUGCGAGCCCGACGAAGCCCAGCCGGCGACCCACGUCUGUCCGGCCUGCCGCUUCGCUUUCUGCCCACCGCACGCCGACACACACACGCUUAGCACGCGGCACCAGACGAUACCCUACCACCCCGAGCCCACCACCGCCGCCGCCGCCGCCGCAGGUGCCCGACCAAAGGGUAGGCCGACCGCCGAGAGCCUACAGGGGGCUCCGAACGGAGAUGUCUGUCACCCGGGUGGGUGCCCCAGUGGAGGUGCAGUAGGGCUAGACGAGGGGCAAGAACGGAUGGAGGCAGCUGAGCAAGGGGCUCCGAGCGGGGCUGUCGGUGGCGCUGAGGGGUGUCGGAAUGGGGGCGUCGAAGAGAUGGACGACGGGGGGGCGGUGGGGGGUGAGGCUGCACCAUCAGAGGCAGAGGUGCAGGGUCAGGAGGGGGGGGCGGGGAAGAAGGAGGGGGUGAGCGUGGAGCGGCUGCGCUGCAGGGAGCAUGACCAGGAGGGGUCGCUCUACUGCAAACUGGACGAGCGGAUCAUCUGCGUGCUCUGCGCCGUGCAGGGGGACCACCGCCAGCAUGAGAUCAUCACGCUGCGCGAGGCCUACCACUGGCAGAAGAGCCGGGAGGGCAUUGACCUGGUGGGCCGCACUCAGGAGAUGGCAGAGAAGAUCAAGAACAGGUGGACGAGCCCGGAUAUGAAUAAAGACGAGCUGGAGGUGUACGUGAACCAGCAGUUCGACCAGCUCCACCACUUGGUCCGUCUGGAGGAGAAGCGCACGCUGCACCUGGUGGACCUGAAGGAGGCCUUCCUGACGGCGCAGGCCAGCGAGAUGAUCGCCGAGAUCAGCGUCAACACCGAGCGCCUGCAGGAGGAGGUGGACUGCAUCACCCAGCAGCUGGGGGAACUGGAGCAGGCUGAGGCCCAAGGCGGACCUCAGGCGGCGGGCGCUGCGGCCGGUCCUGACGGGGCGGACGCUCCCGGGGCUGGAGCUGAACCUGCUGCGGCGGGGGCUGCGGUCGCUGGUCACCAGGCUGAGGCGGCUGUGGCGGCACCUGUUCCAGCUCCACUUCCUGCCGCCAUGGCACAAGGCCUCAGACUAGCGCUCGGCGCGGAUGCCCGGCCCAGGAUGCCAGAACACAGACCCGAGCCCAGGGGCCGCAGGGGCUACAGAGAUGGCGACUCGGACUCAUCUAGGGGGGGCUAUGCACCCUGACCCACAACCCCCCCUGACCCACCGACCCACCCAUCAACCUCCACACACACACGCACACACUCUGCUCACCGCCCAGCCUGGUUCAGCCUGGGUUGGAUCACAAACUGCCCCUCAUUCUGCCUCAUUCUCCUCCCCAGCACUGUAGACCCCCCAGGGUUGCCCCCCCCCCCCCCCC